AUGAAGGAAGAGAAACUUAACACAUCAGUAUCAGCUGAAAAUAUUGUUGAUGGGAAUAGAACUUAUAUUCUUGGUAUGGUAUGGACUAUGAUUCUUAAAUAUAAAAUUAAUGCCAACCAACAAAAGAAUGUUAAUGCAAAAGAAGAGGUAGUAGAAAAUAAUGCACUUUUGGAUUGGGUCAAUUCUUUUGGUCUGAAUGUAUCUAAUUUCUCAAGUGACUGGAAAGAUGGGGUUGCUCUUGUUAAAUUAACAGAAGCAGUUUCUGCUGGUCAAAUUAAAUUUGAACAAUUUAGUGGAUUAGACAAUACUCAGAUGGUUAUUGACUGCCAAAAACUUGCAUACGAACAAUUCAAAAUUCCAAUUUUGAUGGAUGUAAAAGAUUUGGUAUGUGAACGUCCAGAUCCUAAGUCUAUUAUGACGUAUGUUUCAGUUUAUAAAGAAAGGUAUGAACAGUUACUUGUUGAAAAAGAACAAAAAGAAGAGCAAGAGAGAAUAGCUAGAGAAGAGCAAGAGAGAAAACAAAAAGAAGAGCAAGAAAGGUUGGCUAGAGAAGAACAAGAAAGGUUGGCUAGAGAAGAACAAGAAAGGUUGGCUAGAGAAGAACAAGAAAGGUUGGCUAGAGAAGAGCAAGAGAGAAAACAAAAAGAAGAGCAAGAAAGGUUGGCUAGAGAAGAACAAGAAAGGUUGGCUAGAGAAGAACAAGAAAGGUUGGCUAGAGAAGAGCAAGAGAGAAAACAAAAAGAAGAGCAAGAAAGGUUGGCUAGAGAAGAACAAGAAAGGUUGGCUAGAGAAGAACAAGAAAGGUUGGCUAGAGAAGAACAAGAGAGAAAACAAAAAGAAGAGCAAGAAAGGUUGGCUAGAGAAGAACAAGAAAGAAAACAAAGAGAAGAGCAAGAAAGAUUAAACCAACAACAACCAACUAGUCAACAAUUAACAUUUUUCUCAGUUCAAGCAGCAGCAGAUGCCUGGAUCUUACAAAAUAUACAAGCUGCCUAUGCACAAGACCCAACGAUUCAAUUCCAAUGGUGGUAUCCAUUAGUUCAAAACCUUAGUGCAAAUGACUUUAGAGAACUUCAAGAUUGGUUUAAAAAAAUAGAUAAAGAUAAAUCUGGAACGUUAGAAUUAGAUGAAUUAUUAAAGGCUAAAUGGCCUAAAGAUAUGAAAAUGAAUAAUGAGACUAUCAAAAGAUUAAUGUUAAUAUUUGAUGCUGACAAUAAUGGAUCGAUUGGAUUUUAUGAAUUUAUUGCUCUUUACAAUUGGGUAAAAUUAUGUGUUGCAACAUUUAAACAUUUUGAUGUUGAUCAAAGUGGUUCAUUAGAUAUUACAGAACUUCAAGUAGCACUUCCUCAAUUAGGAUUCAAUUUAAAUAAACAAAGUUGUGAUGCAUUAAUUAGAGCAAACAAAAAUUUAAUAGGGAAAAAGAAAUUAAACCAAGUUCAAUUUAUUUGUGCUACUUCUUAUCUUGCACAAUGUCGAACAAUUUACCAAUUAACUUUUGACACUCAUAGGGAUCAAUUAGAUCCAGUAGAAUUUGAUAAGUUUAUCAACUUAGUUCUUGGACUUAUUUGA